UCUGACGAUCACUCUCGGACUCUUGUAUUGCCACAAACUGAGGAUGUCUUGGGCAAACGAUAAUUCAGAGCUUACACGCAAAUGGGAACGCUUGGUAGAAUCAGACCCAUCGCGAGUGAUCGGUAUAUUCGACAACGGCCUUUACGAACCCCUUAGUCGAAACCGUUGGGGAGACACGCGUAGAGAUAUACGUCCUGCUAGUGUCGCCUUAGAGAAGAAAAUCAACGCUGUCAGCUCCAGCUCUUUCCUGCGUGGAUUGCUGGAAGCUGGGCUCGUUCAGAAACUAUGCGACUGUAUUUCGGGGCGCUGCAUCACACUGGAAAGGCGGGAAGUAUUUUACUCUGAAUCUAACAACGAACCCGUGAUGCAUUCACCGUAUCUUGUUCCAAUGCGAAUGCUCUUCCUCGUAGCGAGAUUCCUUCAAUUUCCGCCGAGUGCAGCCGAUGGACUUGUUCUGGACACAUUGCGUACACAAUGGCCCUCCAUGAUGCAAAGGAUAUGGGCUGACCCGUCAACUACUGGAUACCCGGACGAUCAAAUGUCACUCGAGAGGUGUAUGGUCCAGAUGACAGCACAAAAGGUUGUGGAAUCCGACCCAGAUUUCGUUCAGAUCCUACAUGAAGACGAGGACCUAACACUUCGCAUCAUUACCCGACAGUGGAUCCAUUCCACAAAGGCCACAGAUAACUCUGUUCUAUGCAUAUAUAUUCGCUCACUCUUCUUUGGGCAAUCGACGAUCUACGAUGAUACCGACAUUUCCCUCGCACAGCGAGUUCUUCAAGACGUAUGGGAAGGCUCUGGAAAAUCAUACCGCAUAUUUUUCACGAAGAUCGUAUGGUCUAUAGAACGGUUCUCGAUGGAUGAUGCCAAGGAAUACAUCUUCCUGCUCAGCUUGCUUUACAAUCUGUCCGCUACCCUCAAGUCUUCCGCCGCAUUCAGCGACCCAGACUUCGCGCGUACCUUGUUCAAGACGACCGCAAUCUGGGAAUGCCUAUUUCGUCUUCUCUCAAGGACCGCUCACGACUCUCGAGCGGCCCAUACCGCCGAGAGUAAACAGCUCUACAGGUCGGUCAUCGACCUCUUCGCACUUUGUGUAGUUCACACUUGGGCGGAACCAGCGGAUGCCGCAAGCUUUCUGAAAGUAGUCGUUCAAGCGGGUAUGUUCAAUACCUUCGACGAAGUUCUUCCCCUACUCGUCUCAGAAUCGGACCUAUCCCAGUCGAUCUCCUUCGCGCUCUUGCACAUUGUCAGGUUAACCCGCACCCGGCCAUCUAUCCUCCGCUUCCUGCGCCAAGAACUCCCCCGCCCAAUAUCAGUUCGUGCCAUCCUCGACUCAUCCUUCACAGGCAUAGGAAAACCGCACCCGCCUCGCUACCUACCCAAUUUAGAACAGUUGAUUUCUAUCGGAGAUGCCUCUAUGGACCAACUUGCUCAUAUUCGGUCAUGGGCCCUUUGGGACAUGCUCGAGUUGCCAGGUUCACGGCGAGUGUAUGAGACGCGGAUGCACGAGACGUAGACGGUAUGUUUGUAAAGCGUGUGGGAGAACGGAGUAUUGUGGGUCUGACUGUCAGAGAAGAGAUUGGCAGGAGCAUCGGUUGGUGUGCGGAUUUGCUGUGAUCACCCAUGACCCACCGGGCGUCUCGAAUCUGACUGGCAAUCCUCUGGAGUUGAAACUUCCCUAUCGAUUCCAGGCGUAAUAUGAUGACAAAGUUUUAUCCAAGC